AUGCAAUCAGGUGUCCUGGUGUCAAUGGGCUUCGAUCGCUACGUGGCCAUUUGUAAUCCUCUGAGACACACCACCAUCCUCACCCACGCACGGAUAGCUAAGCUGGGACUGGUCAGUUUAAUAAGAGGGAUUCUCUGUGUGGUGCCUGUGCCCCUCAUGCUGAGCCAACUGCCGUUCUGUGGCAACCGCAUCAUCCCUCAUAUGACUUGUGAGGCUAUUCCUGUGGCAAAGAUUUUAUGUGGGGACCUCACAUUCUACAGGCUCUAUGGCUUGGUGAUGACACUUACAAUUAUUGGGUCAGACCUGACACUCGUUGCCCUUUCUUACUCUCUGAUCAUCAGGGCUGUUCUUAGAAUCUCCUCCCAGAAAGCCCACCUGAAACCCCUCAAAACCUGCACCGCUCACAUCGGUGUGAUGCUGAUGUCUUAUACUCCUUACCUUUUCUCUAUCAUGACAAAUCGGUUUGGUGGGAGCAUCGCUCCUCAUGUUCAAAUCUUCUUGACCAACAUCUAUGUCCUUGUCCCCACCAUGCUCAACCCCAUUAUUUAUGGAGUCAAAACCAAAGAGCUUCGUGUUAAAAUGAGGAAAAACUUCUGCAGAAUGUGA